UGAACCUGAAGGGAAUAAGCCACAGAGCCACGUUUUGGAACUGAGCCAUGGUAGGCUGGGAGUUAGAGACCCCUCACUGACUAUGCCCAUGAAACCCGUCCCCAUACUCACCAACAAAGGCCAGAAACCAUACAAGUGUAUGGAGUGCGGGAAAGGGUUUGGCCAGAGUUCGCACCUGAUGCGCCACUUGGGAACACACUCAGGGGAAAAGCCUUACCGGUGUGGGGACUGCCCCAAGGCCUUCACACAGCUCUCCAACCUGCGACAGCACCAGCGCAUGCACACCGGGGAGCGCCCCUAUGCUUGUGACUGCUGUGGCAAGCGCUUCUCCUGGAGUUCCAACCUGGCUCAGCACCGACGCCUCCAUACUGGCCAGAAGCCUUAUGCUUGCAUCCAGUGCAGCAAGCAUUUUUGCGAAAGUGCCCGGCUCCUGGAGCAUCAGCGCACCCACACAGGUGAACGUCCCUACACCUGCCCACAGUGUCGCAAACGUUUCAGCCGUAGCUCCCAUCUUGCCCGCCACCAACGCCUCCAUGCUGCUGCCACUGGAGUGGAGGAAGAGGAGGAGGACCGGCAGCUUUAUCCUCGGACAACCCUGCCCACUGUCACUAGACUCUCUGGUCCAUUUCAAGGAAUGUACAGCCAGGGUGCAUCUGUGGGUAUACAGGAAGCACCCUAA